CUUGGCAACCCUCAAAGUUGAAUUACGGAAGUAACAUUUUACAAUUUGUUUGAACGGGUAGUAUUCACUUUAACUUUAGGCUGAUAUUUAAAUGAUACAUAUCCCACUAUAUUAAUUUAUAGUAUUGCAGUAACAUGGCCAUCAGUUACUUCAUAAUCUGUGUAUUUGCACUGCUGAUAAACAAAGUGUCUCUGCAGAUUGUGGGUGUUAUUGGACGUUCUACUAUCUUGCCAUGUUUCUCCAACGAGAGUUGGUACAAACUUACUGAUAUUAAUGUGCGUUGGAGACACAAUGGCAGUCUGAAUGUGUGUGACAUAACUGAGGACAAAUGUUCAGAAGAGUAUCAGGAGCCGGACUACAAAAACAGAACUGAAGUUUUCCCUAAAGAGUUUGAGAAAGGAAACUUCUCCCUGAAACUCUCCAAUCUUAUGCCCACUGAUGCAGGAGAAUACCACUGCUUCAUCAUACAUUCAUCUGAACUUGUUAAAGUACAGCUACACUUAAACGGUGUUUAA